GUCAAAGUUUGAAAUAAAUGUUUCUUUAUUUUCAGCUUCAACAUGAAAUCAUCACAAAGGUUCUAAACUCCAGGAUGCUGUGUACGGUGUGUAAACGUGAUUUCAGGAGUCUGCCGGCUCUAAACGGACACAUGCGCUCUCACAGCGGCUCCAGAGCAGCAGCAGGGACGAACAAGGCUGAGGACUCCUCCGUGCUGGAGAAUCCCUCCGUUGCCAUGGUGAUGCCUGUCUCCAUGCCUGUCCAAUCGGGUGCAGCGUUGAAGACGUGCAGGGCCGGACAGAGGGUGUGCAGUCGCCUCUCUCCCGCCACAGGAGGCGCUGUGCUGUACCGCAGUCUGUUAAAACAAGACGAACAGGACGCAGCGGUCAGGGGUGAUGAUGAAGGCGUUCACUACACCCCUCCCCCCAUGCUGUGUCCCCUCAGGGCGGGGCCGGGGUUGUUCUGCUCCCUCGCCACCAGGGGGCAGCAGAGAGCACACGGUGGACUCAGUGAUGCUGUUGCCAUGGAGACAGCAUCUCCGCCUCCAGGAACAAUGAUGUCAGGAAACAACAGGGGGAGGAUCAAUUUGGGGCGGAGCUUCCAGGCGGAAAUCCCGCCUCUACGCCGACCGAGGGGUGCUCACUCCGACUCCCACAAUGCACUGCAGCUGUGGACGCCUGUAGAGGAGCUGGAACAUCCUGAGAGUCAGCGGAGAGUUGAAGCUCUGAUGAUGAUGGCAUGCUCAAGUGUGAUUCCAGGGGGCGGAGCCAGCCCAGAGACCGCCCUUCACAUCCUAUCAGAGUGCAGAGGAGACUUCCUGCGGACAUUGGAGAGAAUGAUGUCGACUCCUGAACCCUCAAACAACAAGCUCACACGUCAACAGGAGCAGAGUCGGUGUUGGAGCUCGACUGAGAGGAGGCUGAUCGUUAAAUCUCUGCAGCUUCAUCACAAAGACUUCCAGAAAGUUCACCAAACUGUUCAGACUAAGUCGGUCCCUCAGUGUGUGGAGUUUUAUUACCGCUGGAAGAAGAAGCUGAGUCUGAGCACGAGGACCCCCGCCCGACUGACCGUCACGCUGCCCGACACAAAGGGUCAAAGGUCGUCAAACUCCUAUCAUGCACGAUGAAGCGGUGGAGAGUUUCCUCCUGGAGCUUCACACGAGGACGACGACGAUGUGUUUAAUAAAAAUAAUUUUUAAACUGACAUCUCUGUAGUGUGUUUGAAGGUAUUUAAACUUUAUUCUAAAUGAACUUUGUGACCCAGAGUUUUACUUUGUUUUCAUGUUUCUGUGUUCAGAGAUCAGCUCUGAGGGUUUUACCUCUCAGCUCAGGUAUGUUGGCAUAUUGCUUUUCUCCCAUAAUCCUCUCUGUCCCGGUUUCUUCCUCUCUUCCCUCCGGCUCUGAACGCAGCUCGGCUUAUAACAAAAACACAGAAGAGCAAAGAAAAGAGAGCGUCAGUCUGCAGCUCAGUUCAUCAGAACACGUUUUAAAGGAGCAGUAUGUAACUCUGCCCCCUAGUGUUUAAAACGGGUACUGCAGUCUAAAUUCUAAACAUCAUAAAGAGCUGUCUCCCCCCCCCCUCUCUAGAGUCCAUGCUCACACAGGUCACCAUGUGGUGGACUCUGAAGCUUCAGUGUUUAUCCAGCUCUGCAUGGGUCUGUAAACCUUUCUGUGUUCUAACCUCUCUCCAUUUUUCAAAAGCAUCUCCAAUAUUGAUCCUAGUUUGAGCACGUUUCUGCUCGUGGAGCUUAUUAGAAACAUGCAGAGGCUUUUUAGGUCGGGUACAAUCACUUCUAUCUGAACCACUUCUCUUGCCCGCUUCCAUUGCUGCAACACCUGUUGGUUUGACCUGAUAACUGCUCUCAUAUCUGACAAACCGAGGGGCCCCACAGACAGACCACCUGCUAGCUGCAGGUGAGUAGAGACUGGAAGGGGGGCCACCAGCCCCCUAAGGGAGGAACCCCCCCUCCCACAAGACACACAGAUUAGUUGUCAGGACCUAGUGUUGGUUGUUGGUGUUGUUGUUAUUCUAAUCGCCCCUCCCCCGCUGAGUGUUGACGUGUGAGUGACAGAGCGACAUGGCGGUUCAAAAGAAGAGAAAGGUGGUCAGGGGAAAAAGGGUUGGGACCCUCUGGUCUCAGGUGGUCUCAGGUGGUCUGUGUGCAGUCCAUAAAUGCCUGAAUCAGUGAAACCCAGCACCAAACACCAGGAGUUUUAGUUACAUUUAGUUUCCUUUGGGAACUUACGAAUAUCUUUAUUAUUAUCGGAAUAUUAUCAGAAUAUUACGGACUACACUUUUGUCAAAUAGCUGAUCUAUUUUUUUAAAUCUAUUUUUUUGUAAAUUCUUAAUUUUUCUUUUUUAUUUAAAUUGUGCUGUGUUCACUUUUUGUUUGCAGUCUUUGCUCUUUGCUGCUGUAACAAAGUAAAUUUCCCCGUUGUGGGAUAAAUAAAGGAUUAUUUUAUCUUUCUGUUAGAUUUCUCUGAGGUAUUUAUGCUAAGCUAAACUAGCCACAUCCUGCAAACUUUAAACACAAAUAUGAGCUCAGUAACAGUUUAAACGUCUCCAUUUCUUAGUUGAAAAGUUGUAAAAAAGAGUCUUUUGUCUGUUUUUCUAGUUUGUCAUGUUGACUCAGCGUGUCGGUGUUGAAGUGUUGAUUCAGUAAAACAAACAGCAGAGACUCAAACUGAAGUAAACACUUUCUGCUGCUCAGGUGAGGCAGACUCAAUCCUGUCCACAUUCUUCUCCUGAUCCCGCUUUCUGUGUUUCAAAGCUCUGAGAGUUGCUUCAGGCUACUCAUAAAGUUUGACUCCGCCCCCUCGCUCCAAAGGUCCUCCUGCCUGUAAACAAGGAGGUCAGAGGAGACACAGGAGCGACCAGCGAUGGGAGCGCAGGAGGAGGACGCUGCUCCUCCGGUCAGUAAGAAACAUCAGAAAACAUCCAAAGAAGUUUAUUUCUCCGUCCUGCCCGAUCGAUAUGAACCUCUGAUCGAAGAGGAGGAGGAGGAGGAGGAGGAGGAGGAGACAGCAGAGGAGAGGAGGAGGAGGAAGGAGGAGAAGAAGAGGAAGAAGAAGAAGAAGUACAAAAAGUACAGGAAGAACGUGGGGAAGGCGCUGCGGCUCAGCUGGCGAUGUCUGAUGCUCGGUCUGCAGAACAUGGCCUCCACUUAUUCCACGCCGCUCUCAGCCGUGUCGGUGAUGACCGAGGUUCAGCGAUCCGCCAGCAGCAAAGCCUGAUGGGACAUGGAGAGAUCAUAUGAUGACAGGCCGUUGAAGCUCACGAGGCCAGGGAUGUGGACUACGAGCAGGGACGCAAAGACGUUACCGUUUUAUUUGUAUUCUAAUAAACGGAAGGAAGAGGACAGAAUGAAUGAAAGCAUUUUAUAGAGUUAAUAUCAUCUGUACUUUAAAAAGAUUUCUACUUUUGUUUCUUAUUAGAAUGAAUUUCAAAAGGCCUAAAAAGUCCUCGUCCUCUAUUCUGAUAAACUUUCAGUGUUAGACUUUCGAUUCUCUCUGACGAGAUCACCUUGAGUUUGUUUUAUGUCUUCAUAAUCUGUACUUUAACUUUUUGUAAACAGUCACAUGUUAGCCUCCUUUAUAUUCUUUAAUAUCUUAUAAUGUGUCGAAUAAACUUCAGUUCAAAGUCGACCUGCUGAUUCACAUUUUUAAACUCUCAGAAAGUGUUACGAGGGGGAAGUUUCAGGUCAUGAGGUAACCGUAUGUUGGAGUGAUCCCAGGUUAACAUGCUCAGUGCACUCAUGCUGAAAGGUAAUCAAGAAGAAAAACACAGUUACAGCAACAUGCAUGCUUUUAUAUUAAACAAUAAAAGUGUUUGAAGGCUUCUACUUCAUCCUCUUUGCACUAGAAAUACUUUCUUCCCAUCUUAUCUCACGUUGUGCUGCGUUAUUAAAGUUUGUGGUGACUUUUUCUCUCUAAAAAGUGA